AACUAAAGCGGUAGACUUUAUUUUUAAGUAACUAAUAAAAUGAAUAGUAAAACAAAUCUGUUUGGAUUUAUAGUGAUAUUGGCAAUUGCCCUGGUUUCAAGUGAUUUGAUUGAGAUUGUGAAUAAAUCUACGAAUCAAUUCGAACGCAUCGUCGGAGGCCACUACAUUCCAAUUGAAAACACUCCCUAUCAAGUGUCAUUGGUUAUACUUAAACCCAAACUUAAAAAGCUUGAACUAUGUGGAGGUUCAAUAAUUCAUGAAAAAUUCGUAUUAACUGCGCUACAUUGUUUUAUGGGAGUGAAUUCACUUGAUCAAAUUAUAUUGCGGGCUGGUUCAGCCAUACUCGACCAAGGUGGUAUUACUGUUUCUAUAAAUCGUAUAAUAAAACAUUCAAAAUACGAUGCCGCGCUGCUGGAACUUAAGAAUCCAUUGAUCUUUGCUGAAAACAUCAAACCAAUUCAAUUACCGUCUGUUGGCGAACAGAUUCCUGAAAAUCAGACUUGCUACAGCUCCGGUUGGGGAUACAUUAAAGAAAAUGAACACGUGAAAAUUCUAAAUGGUAGACGUUUGGCAGCUGUUUCACUGCAGAUAAUUGGCCAUUCGAUGUGUCAGAGACUUUAUCACAAUGAACUUAAAUAUCACGAAAUUUGCGCGGGUCGGAUGUUUGGCGGUGUGGAUGCUUGUACUGCAGACAGUGGUGGACCGCUUGCAUGUCCACCUUUAAAUAAUCAAAAACUGUUUGGCAUCAUUGCCCAUGGAAAGGGAUGCGCACGUCCAAAAUCGCCAGGAGUUUAUGUAAAUGUAGUGGCAAUUCGAAAUUGGAUUUUGCAAUCCGCAGGCGUAUGAAAUGAAACAAAUUAUUAUUUAUGAUCAAAUUAAAUCAAGCUAUACGUUCUGUUACGUUCAUUCAAGUGGAAUUUAUCAAUUGAAAUUAUCCAACUUUUUUGUGCGUGUUUCAAUGCUGUCAAUCUACACCUCGCUAUUCAGAUGUAUUCAAUCAAUUAGGAAACAUUAAAUUACAGUGAUUAGCUUUCAGAGAAGUACAGACGAUCGCAA